UUCCAGAGGAAAGACAUGCGAGUUUGUUUGGAUUUCCAUGUGACACCGACUUCAUUUAAAAUAGCAGAUAAAACCCUGGAAAUUGAACGGUAUCUGUCAGUGAAUCACAGCAGCCAUGGGCAAAAAGGGCAAGAAAGAGAAGAAGGUGAAAGGAGCGGAGAAGACAGCUGCCAAGAUGGAGAAGAAGGUUUCAAAGAGGUCCAAACGAGAGGAGGAGGAUUUGGAGGCUCUGAUUGCUGAGUUUCAGAACCUGGACGCAAAGAAGACCCAAGUUGUAGAGACAACAUGUCCACCUCCAUCACCAAGAUUGAGUGCGUCUCUCUCUGCUCAUCCUGAGAAAGAUGAACUCAUCAUGUUUGGAGGAGAAUUCUUCAAUGGAAGGAAGACAUACCUGUACAACGAUCUGUUUUUCUACAACAUCAAGAAGAACACCUGGGUUAAAUCAGAGAUCCCCAACCCUCCUCCCCCACGCUGCUCUCACCAGGCGGUGGUAGUUCCCCAGGGUGGGGGUCAGCUCUGGGUGUUUGGGGGAGAGUUUGCGUCUCCAAACGGGGAGCAGUUCUACCACUACAAAGACCUUUGGGUGCUGCACCUGGCUACACACACGUGGGAAAACAUCAAAGCGCCUGGUGGUCCAUCAGGACGCAGCGGCCACCGGAUGGUCCUCAGCAAGAGACAGCUCUUGGUGUUUGGAGGUUUCCAUGAGAGCACCAGGGAUUUUAUCUACUACAAUGACAUCUACUCCUUCUCUCUGGACACCUUCUCCUGGUCACGCCUCAAUCCAUCAGGCUCCGCCCCCUGUCCACGCUCUGCCUGUCAGAUGACCUCCACACCCGACGGCAUAGGUGUCAUCAUCUACGGAGGAUACUCUAAAGUGAGAGUCAAGAAGGAUGUAGAGAAGGGGACCAUCCACUCUGACAUGUUCCUUCUCAAGCGAGAGGGUAAAGAUGACCAAGAAAAGUGGUCGUGGUCCAGGUUGAAUCCCUCUGGCAACAAGCCCCCUCCCCGCUCUGGUUUUUCUCUGGCUGUGGGCCCAGCGGGGCGAGCGGUGUUGUUUGGUGGGGUUUGUGAUGAGGAAGAGGAGGAGACGCUGGAGGGCGACUUCUACAAUGAUCUCUACCUGUAUGACACAGUGAAGAACCGCUGGUUCCCUGGCCAGCUCAGGGGAAACAAGUCAGAGAAGAAGAAAAAAAGAAGGGGGAAGAAGGGUGGAGCAGAGGGUGAAGGAGGAGAGAAGAAAGAGGAGGAGGAGGAGGAGGAGGGGGCACCUCAAGGACCAACUGAGGUCAUCAAGGAGAUUGUCACUGAGGAUGGCACAGUGAUGACCAUCAAGGAAGUGAUCCCUGGAGCCCAGGAGGAAGAGGAGGAGGAAGAGGAGGAGGAGGACGAUGCCUCGGCCCCCUUGGUGGAGCCCUGUGCAAGGUCCAGCGCCAUGGCAACAGUGCGUCAGGGCAAGCUCUUCCUAUACGGCGGGAUGUUUGAGGUUGGCGACCGCCAGUUCACCCUGAAUGACUUCUACUGUCUGGACCUCAAUAAGAUGGACCAGUGGGAGGUUUUGGUUGAAAUGGACCCGAAGACACAGGAGUGGCUGGAAGAGUCUGAGUCAGAGGAUGAGGAGGACGAGGAGGAGGGGGAGGCAAAAGGAGCAGAAGGGGAGGAAGAGGAGGAGGAGUCUGAAGAGGAAAGCGAGGAUGAGAAAGAUGAAGACGAGCAUCCUGCAGUGCAGGAGGGAGAGACAGUGACGGAUUACCAGAGCCGUACAGAGCAGUACUGGAUGGGACUGGCACGUGCCAACAUGGGCCCUGAUGCCAAGGACAAAAAGGUUGCCAAGGUUGCCCUCGCCAUGGCCAAAGUCUUCUUUGAAGAUCAAUAGUGGGAAAUGCCAAAACUGUUUGAGUGACUGUGAGUGUGCGGUUUGUUUGUGUGUGUAAAAUAGUUUUUUUUCUAAUUACCUUUUAUAAAACGUGUUAUUUGACUGUACUGCAAAAAAUUCAGUAAUGGAUUUCAUUCAAUUUUAAAACAGAAAAUAAAAGCACUUUAUUUUCUCCCACUUAUCAAAUUGAAUUUGAAUAUGUGGACUGUUUUCCAUUUGUGAAUAUUCCAUUACAUUAGAUGAGGUAUUAUAGUUUGUUGAGUAUAACAAUUUUCAUUUAUUUUGAGCGUGAUAUUGCUGCUGUCUAUUUUGAGACCUGUUUUUGAAGCAAAGUAAAGCAGACAGUAUUUAAAUACAUCUUGGUGCAGGCAACCAUUGAAAUUAAAUCACAUGUGGUUUGGGUUUUGUGAGACUGGAAAGUUGGAGGUUG